CCUCAGGCGCCCCCCCCCGCCCUCACUCACCUGUCCGGUAAAUCAACCCCCUCCUCUCGAGGGGACGGUGUGUCCAACCUGCCUCCGCCUGUCUCCGUGAAGACCUCAGUGAGAAUGAGACACAAGGAAGCAACGCGGAGGACUAAAUUACUCCUUUAAUCGGAAUGUAGCUGCUUGUUGAGUUUGAAGGUUUCGGAAGUCUUUUUUUAAACAGGGUUCAAAGAGACUGUUAAUGUCCCCGAAGAUGAAGUUUAUGUCCUUCCUGCGUUCGGUCAGAGACCCCGUUCCUGAGAACAUCCACAUCUCCUCUCUGCCUCCCAGUGUUCCCACAGAUCAAAACAGGCCAGAACAAACUGGAGAACAAGCCGACGACAUGGCGGAGGAGAAAGCCGUGAUCUGGACCACACACACGCACAGAGUUCCCGCCCCUUCCUUCUUCCUCCAGAAUCAGAACGAUGAUCCUGUUACGAGUACUUACUUUGAACAGAGGGUCCCUGUUCCCGAGGAGAACAGCGAGAGGUGGUUUAGUGUCCGUAAGCUGUGGGCCUUCACUGGGCCGGGGUUCCUGAUGAGCAUAGCCUACCUGGACCCAGGUAACAUCGAGUCGGACCUGCAGUCUGGUGCGAAAGCUGGCUUUAAGCUCCUCUGGGUGCUGAUGACGGCGACCAUCGUCGGCCUGCUGCUGCAGCGGCUGGCGGCUCGGCUCGGCGUCGUCACCGGGAUGCACCUGGCAGAAGUCUGCAACCGGCAGUACCACGUGGUACCUCGUAUCAUCCUGUGGUUGAUGGUGGAGCUGGCGAUCAUCGGCUCAGACAUGCAGGAGGUUAUCGGCUGCGCCAUCGCUUUCAACCUUCUCUCCUCCGGAAGGAUCCCCUUGUGGGGAGGUGUCCUCAUCACCAUCAUCGACACGUUCGUCUUCCUCUUCUUAGACAAGUAUGGCCUACGGAAGCUGGAGGCCUUUUUCGGCUUUCUUAUCACCAUCAUGGCCUUCACCUUUGGAUAUGAGUAUGUGACAGUGAGUCCGGACCAGGGCCAGCUGCUGAAGGGGAUGUUCGUGCCGUACUGCGAGGGCUGCGGCUCCGUUCAGCUGAGUCAGGCCGUGGGAAUCGUGGGGGCCGUCAUCAUGCCUCACAACAUCUACCUCCACUCGGCUCUUGUCAAGUCUCGAGAAGUGGAUCGGUCGAACAAGAAAGACGUAAGAGAGGCCAACAAGUAUUUCUUCAUCGAGUCGACCAUGGCGCUGUUUGUCUCCUUCCUCAUCAACGUGUUUGUGGUGGCGGUUUUCGCCGAGGCUUUCUACGGACGCACAAACCAAGAAGUGUACAGCGUCUGCAAUCAAACAGGAAGUCCUCAUUCAAAUCUUUUCCCCUUGAACAAUCAAACUCUGGAGGUGAACCUCUACAAAGGGGGAGUGGUGCUCGGCUGCUUCUUUGGCCCGGCGGCGCUCUACAUCUGGGCCCUGGGGAUCCUUGCAGCUGGUCAGAGUUCCACCAUGACCGGAACGUACUCCGGCCAGUUCGUCAUGGAGGGUUUCCUGAACCUGCGCUGGUCGCGUUUUGCUCGGGUGCUGUUGACCCGCUCCAUUGCCAUCACUCCCACGCUGCUGGUGGCCAUCUUCCAGGACGUGCAGCACCUGACGGGCAUGAAUGACUUCCUCAACGUGCUGCAGAGCAUGCAGUUGCCAUUUGCCCUCAUUCCCAUCCUCACUUUCACCAGUUUACCGUCUCUCAUGAAUGAGUUUGCCAACGGAUUAGUGUUUAAGAUCGGAGGAGGACUCGUGAUCUUGAUCGUGUGUGUCAUCAACAUGUACUUCGUCGUGGUCUUCGUGAGCGACCUCGACAGCGCGUGGCUGUAUGCGCUGGCCGCCGUCCUCAGCAUAGCGUACCUGCUGUUUGUGGGAUAUUUGGUGUGGCUGUGUCUGAUAGCUCUGGGAGUUUCCCGCCUGGAUCCGACCACCAGGAGAGCGAACGACAUGAGCAUCCUGGUGGAGCAGCGGCCGGAGUUUGACUCCUGAGUCAAAUACGGACCUUUUUUUCUAUAGUGCAUCUGUGAGGAACCUGAUUGACCUUUUUGGAUCUGCUGAUGCCAAUUUAUUUAUAAUAGAAGUUCAGCAGAUGAUUGGAACAGAUGUUUUUAUUUAGUUCUCAAGAAACUGGUAUUGUGUUUAUAUUUAGUCGCAGCCCAAAUAUUGACAAUCAAGACGGGCUUUAGCCAAUUUGGCGGUUUUACAGGUGUGAAGUAGGUGUCACAUAAUGUGCAUAACGCUGUCAAAAAUUGAAUUAAAUCAGUUGCAAUGCAGUUUUUAAUACGAACACAGGGGGGCAGUGCAGGCCACCAAAGACGCUGCUCGGAUACAGUAAAUGUCUUACCACCGGAGCUGAACAACAUAUUAAAUGACAUGGUGUGUUACAUCACAUUUUAUGAGUUACAUCACAUUUCAUCUUGUCGUUACAGCUGCACAGGCUCGGCAACAGAUACGAUAGAAUGAGCUGCAGUGAUUUAAAUGCUAUUUCCCUGUACAUUCACUUACAAUUUGACACGGCUGAGGCGAUUGUGUGUCUGAAGAGUUUCAACUAUUGUGCAACCGCAAGCGAGAAGCGCUGGUUUCGGUGUUGCUUGAAUUCCAGCCCUGAAGUGCUUGAGCAUUUACCAGCCCACCAGAGGGAAAGGCUUUUCUCUGCAUUGUGGCGGGUAACUUUCUUUCUGUUUUUCUGUCAUGGAGGCAGAGUUAUGUAAGAGAGCAGAGGACUCUUCCCACCGCCCCUUCUCUGUUUUUGUUUUUCUCAAUGAGCCAAUGUAUCCCUGCCGAGGCCUCACAGCCCGUCCAGUAGGCCCCUUUCCUGGAAACACAGCCUAGCAGAGGCCACUCAGGGGCAGGCCUGCAGAGGCGGGAGGGGAGGGGAGGGGAGGAUACGGCGAGGGAGGGUGGGCGCUUCCAGCAAAUCACAUGAUCGUAGACCCUACGGCCCGGGCCUUACAUGAGGCACAGACGCUCCAGGAACGUUUCAGCAGCUAGUUUUUCACAUCAACGUGAUUGGAUGUGGCAAUGCAUGGCAGAGUGCAUGAGGCCGUGAGUAGACGCUGUGGAUUCCUAAGGUGUGAAAUGUGGAACAGAACCACAACAGCCUGAUGGAUGCAUGGAGCCUUCUUGCAUUUGUGUGUCUUCCUGUGUGUGCAUAUGUAAGACGUGAAUAUUUUUUGUUUUUUUACCACUAAUGUCAACGUCGCCACAGUUUUUUGCUGUGCAGUUUAACUUGUUGGAUAUUUUUGUAUAUAAUAUGUCUGAUCUUAUAUUUACCACUGAUUUACAUUAAUAUAUAAGCUAUUUAAACAGUGUUGUAUUUGUAAAUGUAAUGCGUCCACAUGUAACAGAUUUGCACAUGUGUCAUUGCUUUUUGCAGCAAAACGCCUGAUGUUGUUUACCGUUGCUUUCCAGAAAUGACUGAUUUCAUUGAUUUCAAUGCUAAAAGCAAUAUGUAAAUGUGUUAUUAAAUUUGAAGUGCCGCCGAACAAACACAAUAAACAGCACAGGAAUACAGUCA